UUCUUCCUUGUUGUGAUUUGUUUAAUUGUUUAUGAUUUUUUUGUUUGCUCUUCUUCUAGAGAUUUGCGUCGUCUCUGAGGUGUUUUGUAAAAACCAAAGCUUUUAUUUUUAUUUUAUAUAUACAAAAAAUUGUCACGGAUCAUUUGUUUUUUUUUAAUAUACUGAAAGAGAAAAAAUAAUCUCAUCCCCAGAUUUCUUACCCAUCUAUCUAUAGGGUUCUGGGUUUUAGCUGUUUGGGUUUUAUUUGGUUUCUCACUAUUUUGUGUUGUCUCUUUGUCUUAUUGAAGAACAGGGGUAAGAAGAAGAAGAAGAGAGUGUGUGAAAAAGGUUUGGUUUUUUUUUUUUUAUAAGGGUUUCUUGGUUAAAUCGGAGUAUUCACCAAACAACCAAAAAAAAAGGCGUUUGUAACCCUUUGAUUUAUGUCGGCUGGGUUUGAAUCGACUGUGAUUUUGUCUUUGAUUCAUUUCUCUUCUCCGAUUUAUUACUCAUUAUCAUCAUCAUCAUCAUCUUCUUCUACAACACCAUCGUCGUCGUGUUCUUUGAAAUCUGGUCUGCUCAACGCUCUUCACUUCUGCUCUAAGCAGAGGAUUGUUCUCCAGACUCCUUCUCUUUCCAUGCGCUUAAGACCCAAAAGGACUUGUUCUGGUGUUGAAGUCUUUGGGGGUUUUCACAUAAAGCAGCAAAAAUUUUCUUUUUUCAUAGUUCGCUGAGAGUUUUGCGUUUUUGAUACACAAAAAAAGGUUUUGACCUUUUUGAGUGAUUUUUUGUUCGUUCUGUAUUCUUGGGUAUAUUUUGUGGAGUGGGUAUAAUAACAACACAAUGGUUGAGGUUAGAAAGGUACAGUCUUUGAGUGGUACUACUACUACUAGUGGUGGCGAGAUGAAGAAGAGAGCUAAGAGAAACACUUUAUCAUUAUCAUCAUCAGAAUCCCUUCCUCAUGAAACUCAGCCUUUGAGAAAAGUUCGUAUCAUUGUGAAUGAUCCUUAUGCUACUGAUGACUCUUCUAGUGAUGAGGAAGAGUUUAUGAUUGUUCCUAAGCCAAGGAAAGUGAAGCGUAUCGUUCGUGAGAUUAACUUCCCAUCUAUGGAAGUUGUUUCUGAGCAGCAACCUUCUCAGAGUUCUUCUCAGGACAGUACUAAAACUGUAAACAAGAAAGCUGCUGCUGGAUCAUCAUCAGCUACUCCUGCUUGUCCUAAGGUGGUGACUAAGAAGCCUGUUGGUGUUAGGCAGAGGAAAUGGGGGAAGUGGGCUGCUGAGAUUAGACAUCCAAUUGCUAAAACUAGGAUUUGGUUGGGUACUUUUGAUACUCUUGAAGAUGCUGCUAAGGCUUAUGAUCUUAAAAAGAUUGAGUUCGAUGCACUUGUUGCUAAACCUGCUGUUUCUUCGUCUGAGACGAGUCAAUGCUCUCGUUCUUCACCUGUUGUUCCUGUUGAGCAAGAUGACACUUCGGCUUCAGCUCUUACUUGUGUCAACAACACUACUGUUGAGGUCUCUAAAGAAGAGAUCGUUGCUCCUACUCCAACUCCAAAUGCUGCUGGUGGAAACAAGGAAGUGUUGUUCGACUUCGACUUCACUGAUUUACAGAUCCCUGAUCUUGGUUUCUUUGCAGAUGGUCCAAAUGGGAACGACCUUGACUUUGACAGUUUACUCAAUGAUGAUCAGUUUGAUGGCUUUGGCUUGCUUGAUGACAUUCAAGGAUUCGAAGAUGACGGUCCAAGGGAGUUACCAGACUUCGACUUUGCGGAUGUUGAAGAGCUAGCUGACUCUAGUUUCGGGUUUCUUGAUCAACUUGCCCCUCUCAACAUUGGUUGCCCAUUAAAAAGUUUUGCAGCUUCAUAGGAUACUACUUACUUAAAUGUUUUCGAGUGAGAAGAGUCUGUUUUUAUCGUUUGUGUUUUAGUAAGACAUACAAAAGUGUGUUCCGGAGAGUGGUAAGAUCUUAAGACUUAAGGCCGGGUUUUGCAAUUAGGAGUGAGUUUAAUUUAUUAGUUCUCUCGUUUUUUUUAAUGAUGUUUUGCUGGUUAUGUUAUUUUUUCAAUCUCUCUUAUUCACUUUGGGUUUUUCCAUUGUGCUUUUUAGAGCCGUCCAAAGUGAUUAAAGAGUUUGAUAAUUCCAUUGUCAGUUUAAUUACAUCAUCUUUUCAUCGUUUUGUUAAUGAUAAACAAAGUAUCAAUGGAAGCUUUUUUAUA